AUGGGCCCCAGUCCCCCCCCUCCCCACAGUCCCUUGGCACAGAUUCGCACCUCAGCUGAGGCUGCAGGACCCUGAACCCCCCCCAUCCCAUGGUCAACUGGAGCGGACAGAGCUGACGAGUGGCAGGACAGGAGGACAUUGUCGGCGGUUACAGGAGGUCCAGCAUCGCCAAGCCAGCCCAGGGCAUCUCCUUAAUGCAGUGGGAUGCUCACAGGGACCCCCCUCAGUCCCCCCCGCGACCCCACUAGAGAUCGAGGCUCUGAAUGGGGAACCAUCAGCCCCGGCGACGCCCUCGGAAGCCUCACUGCAAGCCGUCCACCCUUUCGGCAUCUCGGGGCUCCGUGAAUAAUUGAGAGGACGUCCAGCAGGCACGCUCAGCAGCUUCAGCGCCCUCAUUGUUCCCUUUGAUUGGCGAGAGACGAUCCGUCACUGGGGGGGGGGUCAGGCUGGACAGGGGAGGUGGCAGCAGGGCACGCUCGGAUUGAUCAGCCUUCGCAAAGUGCCAAAGAGCAUCCUGGUUCCCUCCUGAUGUGCGGAGUUUGACAAGAAGAAAGGUAUUUUUUCACAGCAGAUACUAGAUGUUUUUUUUUCCCUACCUGCAAAGACGGGAUUUUCAAUUUUAUAAGCACACUGUGAAGUCUGCAAAUGUGUUCAAAAACGGUGCACGAAAACACGAGGAAUUCAACCUGCCAAAAGGCAGAUUUAAUGACGACAGGCUGCUACAUGCUUAUGUACUUGGCGUUUGUGUGGGAAAACAGCUCCAGGCACUAAUUAAGGGGAAAGCAGACCGGUGCACGCCGACCAUGUGAGUCUGCAGCGGCUUCACGUGCAGCUGCUGACGCUGGGCCCCUUCUGAAAGCCUGCUGCCCCCGGAGCCACACGCGUGCUGGUGCGCCACUCUGCAGGGGCUCCUUCCCCUUCCCGCUGGAGGAGCAGCGGCGCCGGGAUUUUCCAGGUGUCUGAUUGUACGCAGGGGAGCCGACCCAGUGGGCGGGGCCGGCCGUGGAACAUGCCGGAAAUGGAGGACUUCUCGCCUCCGGCCCGCAGCCAGGCCGACCCAGCGCUGAUCCAGCGGAAUGUUCUGGAAGAGCAGGUGGAGCUGUGGUGGUUCCGGCAGCCGCGGCGGUCGCUGCUGUGCUUCUGCGCGGCGGUGGCGCUGAUCGUGGCCUGCGGGUUGGGCGGCAUCGUGCUGCUCUCUUCCACCACCAGCAUGUCCAGCGAGUGGCGCCUGGGCGCGGGAACGGCGCUCUGCCUCCUGGCGCUCGCCGUGCUCCUGAAGCAGCUGCUCAGCUCCGCUGUGCAGGACAUGAACUGCGUACGCAGCCGUCGCCGCAUCGACGUGCUGAAGAGUGGCGGCCUGCUCGACCUCAUGGUCCUAGUGCUCGCCGGACUGGCGCUGCUGAUGUGCGGGGCCGUGCUGCUCAAACUGGCCAUCGCCAACGGCCUGCCCCGGCCCGGACUGGCCCUCAACGACAUGUUCAUCUCCAGCGUGGUGCUGCUGUCCGUCGGCGGGGUCACCGUACUGGCCGUCGCCGUCUACUCCGCCGCGGUCUUUCUCCAGGACAGAAUCGGCAAUCCCCAAGGGCUCCGAGAUCGGGCGGUGGAGGUGUUCACCGUGUCGGGCCACAUGAACCAGGGCCGCAGAGAGACGACCUCCAGCUUGGCUAACCUCAUCUGAGGAAAGGUCUGGUGUGUGGAUGACCUUCAGAUCCAAAUCGAUUUAGAAGAAAUGUCUGACUGUAAUACAUAUUCAUCCAAAUUAUCAUGAGGCCACAGUUGCACUGAGAAAUGCCUUAAGAAGCUGAAGCUGAAGAUCUGAAAGGCCACACCUUCAAAAGAGCAAAUUUCCACAGAGAGAAAUCUGACGAAACAUUAUAAGAGAAUUGAUCGAUGUUAUGUUGAUACAAAUUUUUCUACCACCGACGUGCUUAGUUAUGAGGCACUGUGUCAUUGAAGUGGUAUCUAUUGAUGCUCUACAUCCAUGCAGGAAUCAGUGAUUAAAUGAGACAAAUAGCUUUUUAGCUGAGAAUUCCCUCAUCCCUUAACCUUGCGUGAUGUCAUACUGGAUGCACUUAUCAAUCUGCUGCUUGGUGGAGGAUGACUCUGAUCUCAGGGUCAUAAAGGGGAAAUGAACAAUGCUAUUGCAAAUAUCAAUGUGGAAUAAUGGCUUCACUUACAAACCAAAUUCUGAAAACUUAAGUUUAUUGUGUUGCACAGAACUUCCAUUGAAAUUCAAUAAUAAUAUUUAUUUUUCUAUACUAGAAAUCAAUUAACUAAUUUGUUCUAUUUCUGCAAGUAAUAAAAUGAAUAUUUUCCUGUGUAA